AUGGCACCUCCGGCAAUCAUCGCUCCCUCAAUCCUCUCGGCCGACUUUGGCGCCUUGGGCAAGGCUUGCUCAGACACGAUCGGUCAUGGCGCAGACUGGCUUCACGUCGACAUUAUGGACGGUCACUUCGUCCCCAACAUGACCUUUGGAGCUCCCGUAGUCACAAUGAUCCGUCCUCACGUCGACAAGCCCUCCGAAUCCUUUGGCAAGGGUACCUUUGACUGCCACAUGAUGAUCGCUGAGCCCAAGAAAUGGGUCAAGGAGUUCAAGAACGCUGGCUGUGAUCUGUACUGCUUCCAUUACGAAGCCGCCAUCAACUCGACCGCCGCGGAAGAACCCUCCGCCACCUCAGACAAGAAGACCAGCCCCAAGGAACUCAUCAAGUACAUUCACGACCAAGGCCUCAGAGCCGGCAUUGCCCUCAAGCCCGGUACCCCCGUCGACGUCCUCUACGACAUCCUAGACAGCAAGACCCAAGACGAGGUUCCCGAUGUACGCGGCCAAAACUCCUCUACACUGCUCAAUACAAAGCUAACAAAAUCCACAACAGNNAUGGUUCUCAUCAUGACCGUAGAACCCGGCUUUGGCGGUCAAAAGUUCAUGCCCGACAUGAUGCCCAAGGUCGAAGCCCUCCGCAAGCGCUACCCCGAACUCAACAUCGAAGUCGACGGCGGUCUCUCCGAAAAGACCAUCGAUGUGGCCGCCGACGCGGGCGCAAACGUCAUUGUCGCUGGUUCUGCCGUCUUUGGCGCAAAGGACCCUUCAGAGGUCAUCGCUAAGCUCAGAGAAGCUGUUGAAAAGAGAAGAUGA